CAUUCAAUAUUUGCUGCUCUGUUUUUAUUUACAAUCCAGCAUUCAGCUGUUUUUGCUCGGCCGACACAAUCGUAAAAUUGGCUCAGGUAGAAAUUCUCACCAGAUAAAGUGCAACUUUGGUUUUAUUUCCGGUGCGAUAUGGUGCCAUAGUGAUGCUGAAUCUCUGGUCGAUCAUAACAAGGGAGAAUGUUUAAUAGACAAGUUUGAAUCGCUUAAAACUCCGGCUCACGACAAACGGGACGAACGUCGUAAAUCUAAAAAUGGGAAGAAAUAUUUUGGCUAGCAGUUUGCAAAAUGCAUCCUUCAGCAUCGUAUUUCAGAUAUUCUGCCGGUGUAUCACAUUUGCCAUUAACGCCUUUAUCGUGCGAAGUGUCGGUCGAGAUGUGCUGGGAAUCACCAACGUGAGAUUGCUCCUGCUGGAGAGUACAUUGCUCUUCCUGUCCAAAGAGGCUAUAACCCGGGCCGCCUUGAGCUGUCGGCACAAUAAGCUCUGUACAUGGGCCCAGUUGAUUAACCAGUUGUGGAUCACGGUCCCAAUAUGCCUGGUCCUGUCGGUGCCAUGCCUCUACAUCUGGCUCAACUGGCUAUCGACCGUGGAUGAACAGUACUAUGUCCAAUACCGUUUCGGUUGCUUUGCCAUUGCCUUUGCCUGCAUCAUAGAACUAACCGCCGAAGCGCCCAUCUUCGUGUCACAAGUUUUCUGCUUCGUGAAGCUCAAGGUGGUGAUGGACACAGGACAUAUCUUUAUCCGUUCGUUUGUCUUCAUAGUGCUGGUUAUGCUGAAUAAAAGCAUAACGAUUUACGCUUUUGGGAUUGCACAAAUUAUCAGCGCCAUAACGAUCAUCGUGGGAAAUUAUGCCUUCUUCCAUCUGUACAUACCGCGCUUGAAACAGUAUCGCAACGAGAUGAAGCGAGUAGACGACAAGUAUGAGCUGCGGAAAACGUUCGGGAACUAUUACGAAAAUAUGGAGGAUUUCCCGUUUUCAUCGGUGAAGGAUAUGUUACCUGGUGUUCUUCCCAAUUCGGGCUCCAAAUUCAACACCGAUCUCCAAAAGCUGGUCCUAAGCUUUGCCAAGCAAGGUAUACUCAAACAGGUUCUCACUGAAGGGGAAAAGUACGUGAUGUCGGUCAGUCCGGUGUUGACCUUCAGUGAGCAAGCAACGUAUGACGUGGUUAACAACAUGGGCAGCUUGGCCGCUCGAUUCAUCUUCCGUCCCAUUGAGGAUAGCAGCUACUUCUACUUUACCCAGACGAUAGCUCGAGAUGUAAAACUACAGGAACAGAAGCGCGAAAAGGUGAACGAAGCUUGCCAGGUGCUAUCGUAUGUUUGCAAAACGGUCACAUCGAUUGGACUCAUUGGAUUCGUGUUCGGCCAGAGCUAUUCCGGUACGUUACUGUUGCUCUACGGCGGAUCGGAAUUCGUGGAGGGAGGUCUUCCUGAGCUGUUGCUUCGAUGGCACUGUUUAGCGAUAGUGCUUUUGGCUGUGAACGGUAUCACCGAGGGAUAUAUGUUUGCCACGAAUACCUCCAAGCAGAUCGAUACCUACAACUACUAUAUGGCAUUCUUUUCGGUAGCGUUUCUGCUACUGUCCUACCAGCUGACGAAUUGGUUAGGCCCCGUUGGGUUUGUGCUGGCCAACGUUUGCAACAUGAGUUUUCGUAUUAGCUACAGUUUGUACUACAUCCAAAACCAGUACAAAGAAAUCGGACGGAGUCCGUUGCGGAGCUUCCUACCGGGACCACUUUUCCUCACUGUACUUGCACUUGCGGGCUUUGCUUGUAAGCUGAGUGAGUCGUAUUUCUUUGGACGAUCGAUUUUAUACCAUAUUAUGGUAGGCGCCCUGUGCACCGGGCUGACAUUGAUAACCUGGAGUUUUGAAAAUCGCGAGCUUCUCCGUACCGGUCUAACCAAGUACAGAGAGCGGAAACUCAGCGUGACGAGUGAUACGAAUUUAAUAAAUUAGAUUUUUUACGGCAAUGUUUCUCAAGGUUGGUUGUUUUCAAUCAGUGAAAGCGAUCAUUCGCUCCUUAUACCGGUUCGUUAUCAAGUAAUAUUUUGGCGGUCA